GCAACUUCCGAGACGACCUCAGGCAACAAGGCUUACUUCUGAUAACGAUACUUCCUCACGAGGCUACCCGCUACGCAGAAGGUAGGCUUCCUUCAGCCUUUCCGGGGGAUGCAUGAAUACGCCCAACGCCCGUCAUGUCAGCCAAUGAACGCAGACCGCAUCCCAUUACUUUUGCCUAUGACGAUGUCUAAGAUAUCGCCAUUCCGCAGCCCUUCGACCGCCUAGGCACCCUUUUUGGUGCUCGAUUCGAAACCCCAACCUUGAGAUAGGUCACGUUCAAACCUGAAGACUCUCCCAAUGGCGGAUCCGUUCACGAUCAUCGGAACAACCGGCGCUGUAGUCGGGAUCAUCGACGUGCUCGGAAAGAGUAUCUCAGCCUUGCGUGAGAUCCACGAAAGAUGGAAGGAUGCAGACUUCAUGCUUCUCAAUUUGGCCGCUCAACUCACUGCUCUCAGAGCUGCAUUGCGAGAGAUUCAGACAUGGAUAGAUUCGAAAACCGGCGAACCGCAUCAUCAAUUGGUCAUGGAUCUGGACUUGUCAAUGGCCUGUUGCAAAAUGCUGGUUGCGAAGAUUGACAAGUCUAUCUCGGAGCUUCAAGUAACGGCAGCUCACAACCUAGAUUUCGGGAGCAAAAUCAAAGUCGUAUUCGGGAACAAGACCAUGGACAGCUUGCAAAAGAUGGUAGAGCGACAGACAAAUGCCUUGACGCUGCUGCUUUCGGCGUGCAAUUGUAACACAUCAAGGGAGCAAAAAGCUCUUCUGGCAAAACCUACUACCCGGAAAAUGUUCAAGCAAGUUCGGGACGAUUCCUCGUCGCUCUAUGUUCUCUGCGAUUCAUCAUCACUUUAUAGUCGAUGUACAGACAAUCUUUCCAAAAUCUCAAUGAUCUUCCAGUUCGACCGCGAACUCUUCUUAUCAAGACCAUACAGCCGAGCAAUACGUAGCUCUGUGAGAGAUAGCCUUAGACAAACGUUGAUGCUUUCAAGACUAUCGAAGGUCAGCAAAGGACGAGGCAGGGCAGUAGACGAGGACCCAGAAUCUGCCUCUCCUGUACCGAACACCAAAUACAGGAUCUUACUAAGCGAAAAGCCCCAUGUCAACCUCGUUCAGGACAGGUUCUAUACGCAGACACACCAUAACUAUUGCAACUAUAUGACAUUUCCCCAAAAGAUUCUCGUAGAGUCACGAGACGUUGUGAGGAGGCAGAUUCUGAAGUGUAUAAAAGUUAUGAUAGAUAUCCGUUCUAGAACCCCGACUACAGAGCAAGACAAGAAACUUGAUGGACUUGUUGAAAGGCUAAGGCAAGAAAUGCGGAAAAUUGGGCCAGACGAUGCCGAGAUUUCAUCUGAAGUUGCCACGGCAAUUAGUGCAUUAUGUGCCGUUGAGAAUUUCGUGACACUUGUUCCUCGGAUGCCAAAGACUAUUACUCACGAC